AUGUUAUAUAGGAAUCUUACAGAUGAUUUGGAUUUCAAGCUUGAGGACAUAAAGCUAGAUAACUUGGAAACAAAUCACUUUGUUCUUGUCCAUGGAGGGGGUUUUGGUGCUUGGUAUUGGUAUAAAACUAUUGCUCUUCUUGAAGAAGCAGGCUACAGAGCUACGAUGAUAGACUUAACUGGUUCAGGAAUUCAUUCAUUUGAUCCAAACAGCAUCACAGAUCUCUCGCAAUAUGUGCAACCGCUCACGGAUGUUCUUGAAAAGCUUCCUACUGGCGAAAAGGUACUCUCAUUCCCUGAUAUAAAUGAUUUUGUAGAUUUGGACUUGAAUGCUGGUUCGAACGAUGUCAUGCGACAGGCUCAAGUCUUUGUGUACUCAAAUAGCAACGACAACCCUCCAACAGCUAUUGAAUUGAAAAGGAUGGAACUCCGAGAUGUUGUAGCUGUGUAA